AUGGGAUCGCACGAAGCAAAGCCCCAAGCAUUCUACGGCGCCGUCAUCCACUCACUGUCAACACCAGGCCAUGACCUUGAGAUCCUUCCUUCUGCCCUUCUGAUGGUCAACGCAGAAGGCGUAAUUACUUCAUUUCACAAGGACGUGAAGUCAGAAGAUGUCGAUCGCCUCGUAGACACCACCAGUACCAGUCUCUACCGACUCUCCCCCUCCCAAUUCCUCAUCCCCGGCUUCAUCGACACCCACAACCACGCCCCCCAAUGGGCCCAACGUGGCCUCGGCCAAGGCCAACAUAUCCUAGACUGGCUUUCCGCAAUCACCUUUCCCAACGAAGGUCGCUUCCGUGAUCCCGCCCAUGCACAGCGCAUCUACUCAUCCGCCAUUGACGGCUUCCUCCGACAGGGCAUCACCACCGCUUCCUACUAUGGCUCCAUCCACCCCGAGGCAACCAACAGCCUCGCCGAUCUCUGCCUGGCCAAAGGUCAACGCGCCUUUGUAGGGAAAUGCAACAUGACGCGUAACUCCCCCGACUACUACCGUGAUGCAUCAAUCGAGCAGUCCCUCCAAGACACGGAAUCCUGCAUUGCCCACAUCCGCAAGAUUGACCCCGAGGGGCAGUUGCUGAAGCACGUCCUCACCCCGCGCUUCGCCAUCUCUUGUGACGCUGAAUGUCUCGCUGGACUCGGACAAAUAGCAGCCAGGAACCCGGACUUACCCAUCCAGACGCACUUCAACGAAGCAGAGCAGGAGAUCACUGCCACCAAGGAGCUGUUUCCCCAAUUUGACAGUGAAGCAGAUCUUUACGCCCACUACGGCCUUUUGACACGGCGAUCUAUCCUCGCACACUGCUGCUACAUGACACCCUACGAGUUCGACAAGCUCAAGGAGCUACAAUGCGGGGUUGCACAUUGCCCGAUAAGCAACAUGACGGUGGGCGGCGGGUUCAUGGCCGCUCCUAUCCGCGAGUUUCUCAACCGGGGGAUCAAAGUCGGACUGGGCACGGACAGCGGAGGAGGGUUUUCGUCUUCGAUGCUGGAUGCGAUGAGGCAGGCCAUGAUUGCAAGUCAUGCAAAAGAGGUUGAGUCAAAGGGGAAGGAUAAGGGGUUGAAGAUUGCCGAGGCGUUUUAUUUGGCGACAUUGGGAGGAGCCGAGGUUUGUUGUCUUGAGAAGAAGGUGGGCAAUUUUGAGGUGGGCAAGGAGUUUGAUGCGUUGGUGGUGGACUGGGAAAGGGACGGGGUCAUGACGAUGGUGGACGAGGACGAGGACGGGUUGGGGACCGUUUUUGAGAAGUUUGUGAUGACGGGAGAUGAUAGGAAUAUUGUGAGGGUGUUUGUGAAGGGGAGGGUGGUGAGGGAGGUGAGGAUGUGA